UAUCAUCAUUAUAUUUAUACUCAAAGGUACCCGUAGGCCAUGGUCCCAUAACAGCUUUUACUUCAAGCUUUUCCGAGUUUUUCAUUACAAGUUUUCUUCACAGCGGUUAUAUUUUCGUAAAAUGCAACUGUAAUGGUAAUCAUAUACACAGAUGUGUGUUCUGUGGUGUACCCAAUGAAUAUGGAUGGGUAGAUGAAUGAAGAACCGGUUCAAUAAUUUAUACGUCUUCACCUACUACGAUCCUAGCAGUGGAAGGAGAGAGGAGCCGAAUAGACUAUUCUUACGCUGAUUAUUUUAUGAUCUUGAUAAGCGUGAAAUGACUGAGACAGAUCAUCAGUGUCAAAUGUCGCGCACAAGUGGUAUGUUCGCUAGAAUUACAUUUUAUCCAACUUUGCUGUAUAAUGUGUUCAUGGAGAAAGUUACUCAGAGGCAGUGGUAUAAUCGAAUUGACGAAAAUGUGAUUUUGGGCGCUCUACCUCUCAAAGGCAUGGCAGAUCAGUUGAUCAAAGAAGAAAAUGUCACAGGCGUAGUGUCAAUGAAUGAAAAUUACGAAUUAUUGUUUGCCCAUGAUCGAAAAUCUUGGGAAAGUUAUGGUGUGAAAUUUCUUCAACUUAAAACUAGAGAUAUUUUCGAGACACCAGAUCAGCAAAAGUUGAAUCGAGGCGUGCAAUUUAUCAAUGAUGUUAUUAACGAAACUAGCGGAUCGGUCUAUGUCCAUUGUAAAGCAGGAAGAACGAGAAGUGCAACUUUGGUUGGCUGUUAUUUGCUAGCGAAAAAUGAUGGUUUGUCUCCUGCUGAAGCGAUUUCCAUAAUGAAGAACAAAAGACCGCAUAUAUUAUUGCAUAAAAAACAAAUUAAUGCUAUGGAGUUGUUUUAUCAAAAUAGAAUUGUGGAGAAUCCCUCGUAAAUCCAUUAUUUUUUUUCAGUUUUUUGUGUCUUCAAAUUACCCAUUGUAUCUUUUGUGAACAUUUUUCAUUUUUGAGUUACCUGAAUGCAAUAAUUUACUCCCAAGCAAAUAUUUAUUGUUUUUUUUUUUCAUCGUUUACGUUCAUGUAAUUCAGGGAUUGAUCGAAUGAAAUUUAUUGUAAGUAUCAUGCUUGCAAUGUAAUUUUUUCAUUCAGAUUUUUUAUCGAUUUCCUUAAUCCCUUCAUUGUAAUUGUAUGAAUAGGAAUCAAGGAAUUCAAGUAAAUAAAUCCUCUGUUUCUUUUCUUA